CCCACAUCGUCGUCGUCGUCGUCGUCUUCGUCCAUAACACCCUGUUUUCAUAUUUAGUAUUCUCUUCCUCAUUCUAUCUUAUAUACGUAAUGGAGUGUACAAAAUGGGUGUCCCCAGAGAGCAUCUUCUUUCUUUAACUGCUUUCUGACCAUUCCCUGCUUUUGGUUUUUUCCUCUUCUUCUUCUUCUUCUCCUUCUUCAUUGCCCUGUUGGCUGUUGCGUGUGUGUUUCCCGCAUUCCCAAGAUGAACAACGCGUUAAACUCACUACUCUUUUCCUCUUCUGUGUGCCCAAACCCCAAAAUAAGCCAUAUCUUAUGACCUUUCUUCUUUGCUAACUCAAACUAUUUUGUUCUAAGAUGUCUGCAGACCUCACCAAUUCCUUAUCACAUGAGAAUCAAAGCCUUCAUAACCAGUUUGGCUGUAUGAAUGCCAUUUUUCAGAUGUUUGACCGCCGUUAUUUCCUUGGUGGCCGGAGCAUCGCCGGUCGCCUCCACAAGAAACUCCUACCACCGCCAGGUCAUAAUGAAGGCAUCCCAAUGGAGCCAAGCAAUGCCUCUCAGAGAACUCUGGGGAAAAACCAGAAGAUGUCAAGAAAAGAGAAGCAAAGAGUCUCCACUGAGUCAUCCAGAGCUUCAUUUUCGUCUACAACUUCUUGUUCUUCCAGUUUUUCAUCUCUUGAUGCUAACAACAGAGCAGCUCACCUUGAAACAACAUUGCUCAGCCUUGUCGAUUUCCCUGGAAACACGACUCGGGAGUUUCUGAUGAACCCGCAUGAUUCUUCUGCUGCUGCUGCUAAGCAAUUGAGCUGCAAAUCUUUUGAGUUCCGGGAUAUUGUCAAAGAGAAUAUGAACAGAGAAGCAGUCAGAACUGUGGCGGGAGAAGAAGCCGUUAGUCGUAAAUUAAAACAUGUGGACUCUCCGAGGCCGGUGAGAUCGACUUCAGGAUCAAACGAAUCAUUUCGUGCUCUUGUGCGAUUUCGAGAAGCGCAUCGAUCUGCCAAUGAAGAGGAUGAUAUUCCCACACAUCCAGCAACCAAGUUUAAUCGAAGGCUGUCUUAUGAUGAAAGGGAGUCCUAUGAUGCAUUGAAAUCAACAAUAAAAAUCAGGGAACUACCGAGGCUAUCACUGGACAGUAAAGAAAGCUGGGCUAGGCGGUCUGCUUCUGGAACGAGAUCGAAUGAUCUAGUUAAAGAUUUCGAAGAACGGGUGAGUUCGAAACAAUCAUCUACAGUCGUAGCAAAGUUAAUGGGAUUGGAUGAUCUCCCAGAUUCAUCUUCAACCACCAACAGUCCAUCAAGAUUGAUCAAUUCUCACCCAAACUAUGAAAAAAGUUCUUUGUCCAGAUCGUCGAGGAAGAACGAUGAGAACACACAACAAAAUCGGUUUUCCGGGUCGCCAAGGAUUUGUCAUGGAGAUUCCUAUUCACCCAGCUUGAGAAACAAUCCUUUGGAUUUGAAACCCAAUGCUUGUACUGAAAGUCAUGAACUUGCUACAGAUGUUCCAAACUCCUCUGUUUAUGGAGAGAUUGAGAAAAGAUUGUCAACACUUGAAUUCACCAAAUCUGGAAAAGACCUCAGAGCUCUAAAACAGAUACUUGAAGCUAUGCAAAAAUCUCGAGCAAUAUUGGAGAACAAGGAACAAGCAUCAAACUGUGCAUCACAAAUAAGUAGUUCAGGAGCAGCAAGCCCAAGAAACUCGCUACUUGACAGCACGGCUUCUUCUGCGAGAGCCAAGGUUUUGAACUCUUUAAAGUCACAGAAAUCCUCAAUAAUCAUCAUGAGACCAGCUAAACACUUGGAAAAACUCAGCAACUCCUCUCCCUCGGUGCCAUUGAAUCAUGUUGCAUUGUGCAGUGGGAAAAUGCAAUCUACCAAUACAAGAAUUUCGAAACCAACGAAAUCGACAAAGGAUCAACACGGCCUUCGCACAGAAGUCUCAACAGCCUCAGGAAACAGUCCAAGAGUAACAAGCUCAAGACUGCAUAAAAAGUUUGGGGUAGAGAAAGAAUCAUGCCCCACCACUCCAUCAUCAGAUCCAAGCAGGACCGAAAGGAUUAACACCAGAAACGUUGGAUCAUGUUCCACAGAAAUAAAACUCAGGCAAAAAUCUCCCACUUCGAACCAGAAAAGCGCCAGGAAAUCGAGCAAAAGUAGUACAUGUCCUAGUGAUACGAGUCGACGAGGAAGUGUUUACCCUCUGAAGGCUGAGACCAAUAGAGUGGAAUCAAACAGCGUCACAAAAGUCAAAGCAACAUUAACAAGCUCUGAGCAACAAAGUCCCGUCUCUGUUCUUGAUUCUACAUUUUACCAAGAUGAUUCACCAUCUCCUAUCAAGAAAAUAUCAUAUGCUUUUGAAGAUGAAGAGACCAUAAAUUCUGAAGCAGAGUCGAGUCAGGAGGUACCAGUUCAAUCACAGAAAAGCACAGAGGCUCUCAGCACCGAGAUUAAGAACUUGAAGUCAGAGAUCGACAACUUGAGGAAGCACGUUCGACAAGCGAACUUCAGUAACGUGCAGGAGGAGCUCUUGAAUGAUUGCCAGAAUCACCACUGCCAAGAAAUGAGUUCACAGCACAGAUAUAUUUGGCAAAUAUUAUCAGAAUCAGGUCUCCUCGAAGAGCUUAAAAAUGGCCUGUCUGCCAUUCAGCUUCACUCACCAGGACACUUGAUCAAUCCCAACUUAUUUCUUGCACUUGAGCAGUCCGAGGCAGUCAAAUGGCUUUUUAAUGGGAAUUCCUGCAUUAAACAGAAUUCCAUAUCAGAAGCUCGCAAUAAAGUUCAGAGGAAACUUGAGUUUGAUACUGUCAACGAAAUUCUUGUAGACAAACUAGUGGUUGAACGUUCUUUCAAGCAUUGGCAAUCAAAAAGUAAUAUUGCAGGAACAGAGGCAAGAGGCCAACAGAUUUUGAAAGAACUAUGCACACAGAUUGAGCAGCUACAAGAUAGCAACCAAAAUGGCAGUUUCCAUGACUGCGAUGAUGCUUUAAAAAACAUGAUUUGGAAGGAUUUGAUGCAUCCAUCACGCUACUGGAGAGAUUACCAAGAUGUUAUUCCAGGCAUAGUGUUGGAUGUUGAGCGGCAGAUCUUCAAAGAUUUAAUAACUGAGAUUGUGAUGAAUGAAGCAAGCUUCUACGACGAUCAUUGCAGGGGAUUUUCCGCAAACUAGGAGUUCCCAUAAUCUUAGAUGAAUAAAUGGGCAAUCUAUCCCUCACUUCCCGCUUCAAAAUUUGCAUCUUCAGUUACUUCUACAGGUUUAGGCUUAUUUGACAUUACCCUUCCAGAGUUUUUUUUUCUCUCUUGUACAACCCCAGCAACUCCUGCAGUGUGAAUUUAGAUCGUUGCUGGCAUAAGAACUGUAUUAGAAACAAAUAUUAAUUGUAUAUGAAGGCAAAGGUACAAGUAGCAUCCUUGUUUUCGAGUUC